AUGGGUGCUCCACCUCCCGUCGAACCUCAACACAUUGAACUCGCGCAAAGGGAAAACUUUUCUGCAUUUGAAGAUCUCGGGAACAACGACGUUAUACCUGAAACACAACCGGUUGAAGAACAGGAAGAAGUUGAAGAGUUCGAUUGUCGUGGGAAGAAAAAGGUGUUUGCCGGGAGGAAGCUGCGUGAACAUUGGACGGAAGAGCAAGAGGUCGCCUUGGCUCAAGCAUGGAUUCAAAUAUCGGAGUGUAAGAAGUAUGGCAACGAACAAAAGGCCGAAGGGUUUUGGAAACGAGUUCUUCAACACUAUACGAGCACCUUGGGUUCGACUACGCGAACCUUUCAUAGUUUGACUACAAAGUGGAAGACGAUGAAUAUGGAGAUGGGUGUUUUCAACGGGUUAUGGAUUCAAGCGUUUCGUGGAAAGGGGAGUGGAUGCAAUGACUUGGAUGUUACGACGGCCGCUUUGUCAGAUUACCACACCAAAUUGGACAAGCAUUUUACGUAUAUACCGGCUUGGGAUGUGGUAAAAACUCAUGAUAAAUGA